GCCGGGGGGCGGCGGGACGGGCAGCACGACCAGGAGGAGGAAGAGGAGGAGGAACAGCAGGAGCAGCAGCAGCGGGAGCGCGGCCCGGACGCGAUGGACCAGUGCGUGACGGUGGAGAGGGAGCUGGAGAAGGUGCUACAGAAGUUCUCGGGAUACGGGCAGCUCUGCGAGCGCAGCCUGGAGGAGCUGAUCCAGUACGCGGGAGGGCUGCGCAGGGAGAUCCUGCAGACAGAGAAUCAAGAUGGAGACUUGUCAGGGACGAUUUCACUUGUUAUGACACAGUGUUGUAAAAGAAUAAAAGACACAGUCCAAAAACUGGCCUCCGAUCAUAAGGACAUUCACAGCAGUGUAUCCCGAGUUGGAAAAGCCAUUGAUAAGAACUUUGACUCGGACAUCAGCAGUGUGGGCAUAGAUGGGUGCUGGCAGGCUGACAGCCAGAGGAUCCUCAACGAGGUGAUGGUGGAGCACUUCUUCCGGCAGGGAAUGCUGGAUGUAGCUGAGGAACUUUGUCAGGAAUCUGGUCUAUCGAUAGAUCAAAGUCAAAAAGAACCGUUUGUGGAGUUAAAUCGAAUAUUGGAAGCAUUAAAAGUUAGAGUUCUGAGACCUGCACUAGAGUGGGCGGUAUCCAACAGAGAAAUGCUCAUGGCACAGAACAGUUCGUUGGAAUUUAAGCUGCACAGAUUAUAUUUCAUUAGUUUAUUGAUGGGGGGAACAGCAAAUCAAAGAGAAGCACUUCAGUACGCGAAAAACUUCCAGCCAUUCGCCCUAAAUCAUCAGAAAGACAUUCAGGUGUUGAUGGGCAGCCUGGUGUACCUGCGGCAAGGCAUCGAGAACUCCCCGUACGUUCACCUGUUGGAUGCAAACCAGUGGGCUGACAUCUGUGACAUCUUCACAAGGGAUGCCUGUGCUCUCCUGGGCCUCUCAGUGGAAUCACCUCUCAGUGUUAGUUUUUCAGCAGGUUGUGUAGCAUUACCAGCUCUAAUUAAUAUCAAGGCAGUUAUUGAACAAAGGCAGUGCACGGGCGUUUGGAACCAGAAGGACGAACUCCCGAUUGAAGUGGACCUUGGUAAAAAGUGCUGGUAUCAUUCAAUAUUUGCCUGUCCCAUCCUUCGUCAGCAAACAACAGAUAAUAAUCCACCUAUGAAAUUAGUCUGUGGUCAUAUUAUAUCAAGAGACGCUUUGAAUAAAAUGUUUAAUGGCAGCAAAUUAAAAUGCCCCUAUUGUCCAAUGGAACAGAGCCCUGGAGAUGCCAAACAGAUAUUUUUCUGAAGAAAAGUUUCAUUAUGCAGUUUGUAAGUGACACUCUGGAUUUCAGGUGCAUUUCAGGAGAAUUAAAACACAUUUGUUCCCUUUUAUGCAGCAGACUGAGGACUCCUGUGUUUGUAUAAGCUAAUGCUACAGAAACUUUGCCAACAUUUAGUAUAUACAUACCAAGUGAAAAUGCUACAGAAAUAUUAUUACCAUAGGGCUUUACUAUACUCUUGGUCUCCAUACCUGAUCAAGUUACUACACCAGCAGUUGUCAUUCAAUGCAGGUUUUUGUACUUAAUUAAUGGUGACUUUUUACUUUUUAAAGGCAGAAAUUGAUCACCCCCAUUUGUUUAAUAUUCUUCCUGCUAUUAUUCUAUCAUUUUAUUGAUAACUGUCAUCUUAGAGAAUGUUUGUGGACAAAGUUUUAUUUCCUGUAAUGUGUACAUAAUUAAAGGUAAAUACUUCAGAAAAAAAAAGGUUUGAUAAAUUGAAUAGUCGUUAUAAAACUAAUUUGUAUUUUUUUCGCUGAAAAUGCUGUGAUAUAUUCUGAGUUUUUCUUUCAAACAUUUUUUCAACUUUUACAUAGAAUUCAAAGUAAAUGUGCAUAUAUAUAAAGUAUAUAAAAUAUAGCCCCAAGGGGCUACCUGUUAAAAUCCAUCACUAAUUUAUAAGGGUGAUGUGUGGCUAAACUACUACUGGGGCAGAGAGGGAAUAGGAAAUCCUGUUCCUUUGGUUUCACGAUGGAGAAGUGUUUGUGUAAGAGAACAUUCAAUAAAUUCUGAAGUGGAAAUGCUUUUAGUCGAUGA